CAGUGAUGUUUGUUAUGUUAAUUCACUGAUGAAGAGACGGCGAAUGACCAAUGGUUUAGGUUUCGCUAAUCUCUGUCUAUUGCCGUCCAUUCUUGAGACUCAAUUGGACUGUUGCUUGAGGAGUGGUGAGCAGUCGUCUAUCGGACAUGACUUAGAAUCGGAGACAAGGAGUGCAUCGAAUACCAGCUCUUCAUCACUCAAUCGCAACAAAUCCGUGCAUAAGAAGAGUUGUGACAAAAAUAUAUUCAAAGAUUGUUCUGCAAUGAAUCCAACUGAGGAUCAGUUGUACGAAAAGUUGUCUGAUUUUGAUAACAACAACGUUGAUAGCAUUUAUUAUGAAGAGAAAAAUAUUUCCGAAGACACCUCUGAAACAGUUGUCAAUUCAGAAGAUGAGACAAACUCUGAGUUCUCUUCCAAAUCAUCUUUGUUUCCGUCGCUUCCGGAUGUGAUACUCAGAAAAUUACAACUUCUUCGGGAGAGUAGUUGCAGUGUCGAAAGUUUGACUGAAGAGGAGAUUGAGUCGAAAUUCACGACAUUAUCGCUGGCCUUCAAGACCGAUAAGUUGACGUUAGAGCAGAGGCUGAACCUCCAGAAGCAUCAGAGAGAUGUGGCGGAAGCCGACGCCAACAAUGAGUUGCGAUCGCUUCGAGAGACUGUCCGUCUGUUCAAUCAAUUGAUGUUCGGUUCGGACGACGACUUCAUACUAUCGGCGACUGUGAGGACAGAAGUGAAAGAGUUGUUGCAGCGGAUGGAGAGUCAGGUGGAGGUCGUCGGACAGACCAACGCCAAGAUCUCAUCGCGUAGUGAACUGUACGGAGCGGCCAAACAGGAGGAGCGGAUGAGCGCCGCCUUCGAUGUGAUUCUCAUUCAUUCGCAGAAUCUUAAGAAAGAGACCGAAAAGUGUCGCAAAGAGUUAGAGAAAACCAAAAAACUACUCAAUUCUGUGGCCAAUAAGAAGCCGGACUUCGAGAGCGAUUCGGACAACGAAUCGGUUCCACUGCGGCGUUCCAUUAGAUCCAUUUCCACCACAAUCCUACCCAAACUGAACUUGAUCCGAGUUCGAAGGGCCAGUGUCUCCUCAUUAGAGGUAUUGCCGAAUUUGGAAACUCAACGAAAAUCAGUGCAAAAUAACAUCAGAUAUGCGGCGCCCAAACCGUCCUACCUGUCCAACAGGUCCCGGCGCUGCUCAAUGCCGGCCACUUCAGCCAUGUUCCGACCCCGGAAUGGUGUGGACAGUGAGCCAUUGCCCUCCUAUUUGGAGAUAACGGCCGAAGAGAAGGGCGGCUCCGAGUCGGACGGCGCCUCUUCUGCCGCUAAUCCCGACUCAGAUAACGAACGAACGGAACAAACGACUCAAUCAUUGACUCCAAGAAAGUCGUCGAUAAACGAGUUAAACAACACUUCCAUCAAUAAUAACAACACCAGAAAUGCCAUCAUUACUGAUAUGAACGAUACGUAUAGUCAUCGCAUUGUAAGCAACGAUAUCACCAAUGAUUGUGACGAAGAUUCUUGUGAUGAAGACACGAAUGACAAUGAUUUUGAUGACAAAAACAGCGAUGAAAGCAAAACUAUUGUCGAUUUGAUUGAAUUUAAAUAUUUAGUCAAUUUAUAUAAUCAGAGAUUUGAUGGAAGAGUUGGCUCUAUCGUGAGGUCCAUAACAACAGACUUUCGACUCGUGCUGUCCUUAACUCUACUCAUUAUAGCGAUGGUUAUAAUGGUGUGGUCGCUGUUGCCGAUAGGCUUUCCCUGUGAGUGUCGGUGCAGUUAUUCUUGGUACCAGAUUCUCAGUGCAAUUCUUAUGUCUCAUUCCUCGCAAGACAUAGUCAGUCCCAUCCAGUGA